CACGCUUUGCAACACUGUACUCGCACCUGGAAAUAUUUACGUGCUGAAACUCCGAGUUUUCGAGAAACAAAUCCACCUCCCAUGAAUGAAAGUGUGUUCCGGAUACCGUCCAACUCACAGUGAGCAAUGUGCCAGAGGCUGGCAUCACUACACAGCCACCCACAGUGAGGAGCUGCCCGCCAAUCCACCCGUGAAAUCCCCGCCAGCAUGAUGCUCUACUUGCGCCGCCUCUUCAGUCAGGAGCUCACUCCAGCCGCCCAGGGCGACUUUCUCGGAUGCCUGCAGCAGGCGCCCAGCCUGCUGGCCACCGGAUUCCCGGGAGCACCGGCACUGGAGAGCCUCUCCUGGUUACACAACCUGGCGCCUUGCUUCCCGCUGCGCGGCGACCAAAUCCAGGUCAUCCACGAGCCGCAGCACUUCUACGAGACGCUGGUGCAACGCAUCGGGCGGGCCAAACGCCGGAUAGUCCUGGCCAGCUUGUACCUGGGCACCGGCCAGCUGGAGAACGCCGUGGUCCAGACGUUGCGUCACAGCCUGGAGAAGCAGACUGCCCUGCGUCUCAACGUGCUCCUGGACUUCAAUCGCGGCACCCGAGGCGCCCUUAACUCCAAGACCAUGUUGCUGCCGCUGGUCCACGAUUUUGCCAGCCAGGUACAGCUCUCGCUCUAUCACACUCCCGAUCUGCGCGGGAUGACCAAGCGACUGGCUCCCCCGCGCUGGAACGAGCUGCUCGGGCUGCAACACAUGAAAGUCUACCUCUUCGACGAUGCGGUGAUCAUCUCGGGCGCAAAUCUGUCCAACGACUACUUCACCAACCGUCAGGAUCGCUACAUACUCAUCGAGGACAAGCCGCUGGCAGAUUUCUAUGCCCAGUUCAUUGAGCGGGUGCAGGAGUUCAGUCUGGCGGUGGCGCCAGAUGCUAGCGAAGGACUGCACCGCAACUGGCGCAUCCUGCCGUACGAGGGCACCAAGGAGCAGUUCAUCCAGCUGGCCCGGCAGCGCAUCGCCGACUUCCUGCAGGAGACGUUCCAGCGGCAGGCGCAAACGCGGGAGCAGAAUCCGCAGGCGGACACCUGGGUGUUUCCGCUGCUGGAGAUGGGCCAGAUUGGCAUUCACCAUGACAGCGUGGUGACCAAGCGACUCCUCUCUAACUGCGUCUCUGGAUCGCGACUGAAGCUGGCCACGGGGUACUUCAACCUGACCCAGGAGUACAUGGACACUCUCACGCACAAGUGUCUGGCGCAAUGCAGCAUCCUGAUGGCUCAUCCCAAUGCAAAUGGUUUUCAGGGCGCCAAAGGACCGGCUGGUGGCAUUCCGGCCGCCUACACCCUGAUUGCCAAGAGCUUCUACGAGAGCCUGGUGCGGCGCAAGCAGAACCACCGCGUCAACUUCUUUGAGUACGAGAAGCCCGGCUGGACGUACCAUGCCAAGGGAUUGUGGUACUAUCUUCCCGAGGCGCGACUGCCAAACCUGACGCUCAUCGGCUCCUCGAACUUUGGCGAACGAUCGGUGAACCGAGACCUGGAGACGCAGGUGUGCCUGGUGACGGCCAAUAAGGACCUGAGCCAGCGACUGCAGGCAGAGGCGGAUCGGCUUUACGAUCUGUCGCAGACAGCGGAGCGGGAGAUCGUCCAACGACCCGUGCCGCGAUGGGUGCAGGCUGUUGUUCGCAUAUUCAGGAACUUCUUUUAGGCUCGUCGACACCAUAGUUACAAUUUUUUCGUUCUUGUUAAGUCCCACAUCCCAAAUAGUUACUGUAGUUCUUAAUUUCUGUUGAAUCUUUGCCCUGGGCAAGUGUGUGUUUUUAUUUCUGGUAAUCGUUGCUUUUGUACGCAGGCUAAAGUUUGUUAACUAAUAAAGAAGAUUUGUAACGGAAUCGAGGGUAAGAACAAG